GAGGUUCGUCUAACUCAGUAUCGAUGAACCAGGCUGUGAGCGGCGAAUUGAACUGUCAAACCGACAGCCAAUCAGAUUCUGGUACUUCCGAUGUAGACGAGGAUGACGAAGAAGAAGUAUUUGCAAUUGGCGAAGGUGUUACGCACGGCACACAAACUGAUAGCGGUCAUUGGUCGCUCGACACAUCCACACAUGGUGUGGGGCUUGACAACGUAGUAGAGAGGUCUAGUACAGAUAAGUGUCCACAGGGCACCCCUACGAAAACAAAGGGUGCAGAUGCGUACAUACAUUGGUGGGACGCGCCAGACACGACGACUGGCAGCGAAACAAGCGGACGGGAAGGUGUCCAGGACCACAGCCCGGGUGCAAUCGAAGAGGACGCUGCACCUGGGGAAACAUACCGCACAACCAUACCAGUGGGGAGUGAGAACCAAACGGUGUAUUACACCGAACCCGCGGGUUCUGGAAAUGGGGCCGGGGCCGGCGGCGCAUCAGAAAGGAACUAUCAGGACCGAGAUGGCAACCAUACUGGUGUAGGUUACUCCAGCCACGGUGACAGUGAUAACUUCGACCCUAUCUCGGCGGAGCGAGACGAGUGGGUGCAAGAGGGCAAUACGAGUCCUUCUUUUAGGCCAAGAUCUCUAUUGGUAAGUUCUGGAACCGGUGUUCGACGAAAGGCCCAGGAAAAUGACGGUAUUCGAACACGAGCUACGGGACUAACUGAAAUAGAUAGCUCUCUAGAUGUGCUAUUGGAUGGCCUGGUGGAAAGUGGUAAAACGCAUGUCGAUGGCUUGCACCCAGACUUCAAUAUUGAUGAUUUCUCGGUCCCUCCGAGUGCGAGAUCGAAGACGUCACCAAAUCAAAAUGCGGCUACGCAAAGUACGCAAACAAAAUCACCAACUAACUCGCAACAAGGGAUUUAUUCGCCUACCGGUGGUGCCAGUUUAAGCUGGAAGGAAGGUUCAAAACGUACCGACGAGACUGAUCCUGUGCGCUCGAAUUCGCCCAUGAGUGGCGAACAUCAACGUAGUCGACAACGAGCUAAAGUGAAAAAGGUCCAGAACGUAUUCGGGUCAGUGAGAACCCAAAAGUCGGGUGACGGGCGGAAAAUGUAUAGUGUGACCGAAAAUGUGGAGGGUUUGGAUGUAGACACGCCAAAUCUAGGUGAGGCGAAGGGCACAGCAAAUUCUAAACAACUGCUCGAUUCGUUAG